CGACGACACUCCAUCCAAGCGGCGCCAGCUCCUGGGGUUCAGGCGGUGCUGUUGGAGUCCCUGCCCGACUUGGCCGUCUCUUCCUUAGCGGCUCCUCCUAGAACUCUCUUCAGUGCUCUUACUGGCAGGUGGGGGCGUCCAGAUGGAGCGCUCGCAGGGCCAGGAUUCAUAGACUUCAUAGCUGAUGAGGUGGACCUGACUUCAGCCCUGACCCGGAAGAUCACACUGAAGACACCACUGAUCUCUUCCCCCAUGGACACUGUGACGGAGGCCGACAUGGCCAUUGCGAUGGCCCUGAUGGGAGGUAUUGGUUUCAUUCACCACAACUGCACCCCAGAAUUCCAGGCCAACGAGGUGCGGAAGGUCAAGAAGUUCGAACAAGGCUUCAUCACGGACCCCGUGGUGCUCAACCCCUCACACACUGUGGGUGACGUGCUGGAGGCGAAGAUUCGGCACGGCUUCUCCGGCAUCCCCAUCACAGAGACGGGCACCAUGGGCAGUAAGCUGGUGGGCAUCGUCACCUCCCGAGACAUCGACUUCCUCGCCGAGAAGGACCACACCACCCUCCUCAGUGAGGUGAUGACGCCCAGGAUCGAGCUGGUGGUGGCUCCAGCGGGCGUGACAUUGAAAGAGGCAAAUGAGAUCCUGCAGCGUAGCAAGAAAGGGAAGCUGCCCAUUGUCAAUAACCGCGACGAGCUAGUGGCCAUCAUUGCCCGCACCGACCUGAAGAAGAACCGGGACUACCCUCUGGCCUCCAAGGACUCCCACAAGCAGCUACUGUGUGGGGCAGCUGUGGGCACCCGGGAAGAUGACAAAUACCGCCUGGACCUGCUCACCCAGGCGGGCGCUGAUGUCAUCGUCCUGGACUCAUCCCAAGGGAACUCAGUGUAUCAGAUCGCCAUGGUGCACUACAUCAAGCAGAAAUACCCCCACCUCCAGGUGAUCGGGGGGAAUGUGGUGACAGCAGCCCAGGCCAAGAACCUGAUUGACGCGGGUGUGGACGGGCUGCGUGUGGGCAUGGGCUGCGGCUCCAUCUGCAUUACCCAGGAAGUGAUGGCCUGUGGUCGACCCCAGGGCACUGCCGUGUACAAGGUGGCUGAGUACGCCCGGCGCUUUGGUGUGCCCGUCAUAGCUGAUGGUGGCAUCCAGACCGUGGGGCACGUGGUCAAGGCCCUGGCCCUUGGCGCCUCCACGGUGAUGAUGGGCUCCCUGCUGGCCGCCACCACGGAGGCCCCUGGCGAGUACUUCUUCUCCGAUGGGGUGCGGCUCAAGAAGUACCGGGGCAUGGGCUCGCUGGAUGCCAUGGAGAAGAGCAGCAGCAGCCAGAAGCGAUACUUCAGCGAGGGGGAUAAGGUGAAGAUCGCACAGGGCGUCUCGGGCUCCAUCCAGGACAAAGGCUCCAUUCAGAAGUUUGUGCCCUACCUCAUAGCGGGCAUCCAACAUGGCUGCCAGGAUAUCGGGGCCCGAAGCCUGUCUGUCCUACGGUCCAUGAUGUACUCAGGAGAGCUCAAGUUCGAGAAGCGCACUAUGUCAGCCCAGAUCGAGGGCGGCGUCCAUGGCCUGCACUCUUACGAGAAGCGGCUGUACUGAGGACGGCGGUGGCAGCCGAGGUGGUGGAGGGAGCACACCCCAGGACUCCCCUGCGGGUUCAGCCUCCCUUCAUAACUGAACGGCCUGCAGAUUUGCACUACAGCCUCCCCAGCUCCUCCAGGAAGUGAGAUGGGGAGGUCCUGAGGGGUCCGUGGUCCCUCCUUGGGCGUUCCCUGCAGAGUCAGGGCUGCUUCCUGGGCCGGGCUGCCCUGGGAGACCCCAGGGUUCUCCCUUCCUCAGCCCCCUUCCCCCAGCCCAGCCAGCCUGGGCUCUCAGGCCCUGCGCCUGCCUCAGGUCUUUCUCGCUGCAGCCUGCUCGGGCCAGGCUCCCACCCCUGGGGCAGGCGGCCCCUCCUGGCUUCUCCUGUAGGGCACCUCCCUCCCUGUCCCCCACCCCGCAGGAAAUGGUGCUCUCCUGGCCCUGCCUCUGGCCCUUCCCGGGCUGCUGCCCCCUCUGCCAUGUGGCACUUCUGGGGUCCCGACCUCGGCCGGCCGGGGAGGUCUCUGCCCCCUUCCCAGACCCAGGGCUACCCUUGGGCCCUGCUCCUCAGGCCACUCCCCUCCCUCUCGCCCUGGGGAGGAGGCUGUCCUGGUAAUGGCCGCCUGCCCAUCAUUCCUGACUCACCGAGCCCCCGGUAUACCAUUCCCACCCUCUCCUCAGCUGCAGUCAGAGGCUUUAACUUUGCACACUUUGGGAUCACCGUUGCGUCAUUGUGUAUUACAUAAUCUGAAUAAAUCAAGCAGGUCUCAACACCUCCAC